AUGGCUGCAAUCGAUUCGACGUCAAAUAUAACUUGCAAGGAUACAUUCAUCAAAGAUGGAUACAUAUUCGAGAAAGAUACAGAGACAGGGCAACAAAUCGAAGAGAUGGAAGUAAACUGCAUACCUUUCGCAUCAGAGGCAGGGUUACAGUUCUACAAAACCAAUGUCCUUGACGACCCGGUAUUUCCCAUUCCGCGGAUUCUCCUUGAUAAGAAGGCUGAUUUUGUGAAAGCGCAAGCGACAGGUCCUUGA